AUGCCUCAUAUCCUUCGCGCGAACUCUGCGAAAGAGGACGACUCAUGGUCGUUCCAAGUUCCGCCCGCCCUCCUCGUGUCUCGCCAGAGACAAGGCAGAAUCAUGGGCAAGUUCGUCAGAUUCAACGGAGCGGAAAUCCUACUCGAAACGGCCGAAUUCUCCAGCAAUCGUAUCCUACAAUCCGACGACCCUUCAAAGUUUAUCCUUGUCGCGUUUGGUGCUCUGAGACUCCCUGACACCAGGCUCCGAGAGUCGGGAGAGUACAUCGCACGGUUUUUGAAGGAAGGGCUGUUUCUGAACGGGAUUCAGUAUCGGUUUUAUCAUCAUAGCAAUAGCCAACUGAGAGGACGUAGUUGUUUUCUGCGCGAAGCUAAGACUGACCAGGAGCUUGAUGAUCGCAUCUAUCAGUUGGGAAGCUUUGGAAAAAUCAUGAAUGUCGCAAAACGUGCAAAGCGAAUUGGCUUAUUAUACUCAGAGUCACAGCUCGACUUCCGGCUUAACCCGGAUCUUGUUGCAGAUAUCCCUGAUAUCGUGUCUGGGGGAGUCGAAUUCUCAGAUGGAUGUGGCUUGAUGUCUCAACGACUAGCCGUUCAAGUUGGCAAAAGUAAGAAAAUCAUCUUUCGGGGAGUACGGUAUACGCCAUGCGUGUUUCAGAUAAGGCGCUUACUAUACCAUUAUCAUUCAUUGUACCUAGGAUACAAGGGCGUUUUGACGCUUCAUCCCCAGCUCGAUGCGGAGUUGCGGAAGGCGAAGAAGUUCCGCAAGAGCAUGAAAAAGUUCACCACGACCGAAAACCCCACAUUCUCUGUUGUCGGGUAUUCUAAGCCCUACACGUUCGGGCGCCUGAAUAACGAAAUUAUUGUGCUCCUGUCAAGCCUUGGCAUUCCGAACGAGAACUUUCUGAAGAAGCAAGACGAAUACUUCGAUUGGCUCCGUCGUGCAUCCUAUGAUCCUAUGGCAGCAGUUGAUUUUCUUUCCGUUGUAAAGGACGUCGAAUCUGCCGGAAGAGUCCUGCUCGACGGUCUCGACGAUCCCAAAGUUUCUGCCGAAAUCCGCCGCUUUCAGCAAAAAGAAAUAGCGGAUUUCCGGAAAGACGGGAAGAAAGAGCGAUCACGGAUGAUCAUCAAGAAGUCACGCAAGAUAUAUGGGGUUUGCGAUCCCUUCCGGGUACUCAAGGAAGGACAAGUUCAUAUACGAAUCACCACUGGAAGAGGCGGACCAUCGACUCCCAUCCACGGCGAUGUUUUAGUUGUGCGGAAUCCGUGUUUACACCCAGGAGAUUGCCUCAAAUUAAGAGCAGUGCACCAUGAAAAGUUGUCGCAUCUGGUCGACUGCAUUGUUUUUGCUUCUGUAGCACGUCGCGGCCACCCAUCUGCGCCAUCCAUGAGCAGUGGUGGCGAUCUUGAUGGUGAUGAAUACUUCGUCUGCUGGGAUCCUGAUUUGGUCCCUGCUACCGUAUCUGAGCCAUACGAUUAUCCUCCGAAUAAGGAGCGCGUGAACAAGACUGUCACCCGCGAAGAUUUGUCAAGGCAUUUUGCCCAGUAUAACAAUGCUGGAUUGGCAAGGGUCGCUGCUUUACACUCAAAAUGGGCGAAGGGCAGCCCAAAAGGGGCUCUAUGCUCCGAGUGUCAAGAACUGAACGCGCUGCACUCUCAGUCAGUAGACGGCGCCUCUAUCAAGAUCCCGGACAGGUUAACGUCCCCCCCCGAACCCCUCGAAGGCCAGGAAUUUAUCAUCAAAGCUCUGGCAGAUGCUGCCUCCGAAUUUGCUGCCUCUUUUACGGCCGAAAUGGCAACCACCGGUGACUUGACAUCCACCGUCGACGGAGAAGACGCAGAAGAGAUUAUCAUACAGCUUCUGCGAAGCAGGCAGUCUGCGCUCUCCGAGUACGAGCUAUAUACCCUCGCCUACCGCCUAGCGCUCAAGCAUUCCCUCGAUCACCAUGCAUUUCUCAGUUACAUCGAUUGUGGCGCAUUGACGACGGAUCAGAAGUAUUCACUUAGUUUCGCGCUGGAUCUGUCCCGCGAGGAACAUGCGAGUCUUUGGAAUUCCUUGCUUCGUUCCGACCUUCUGGGACCCUCUGAGAUAUAUCAAAGAAACCUAGCACAGCCUUUUUCAUUACAGCGUCUAUAUUCAUCGAAGAUCCAAGGUCAUGCGACAUUUUUUACGUAUUUACAGAUGGCCCUCCAGGACUUUUAUCGGAAGACGGACGAUCGAUUUGUACUCGCCGUGUUCAUAAGAGGCAUGUUUCCAUGGGAUGAAGAUCCAGAGGUGAACGAGAAUGUGGUCGUCUGCUCGUUUUUACCGCAUACAUCGGGGAAGUUUUCUUCCUAUCGACCGUGCACCGCUGGGUACCGGUUGUAUUGCAGCCCAACCAACUUUCAGCUCUACAACAAGCAUAGAGCAGACUCCUUCGUGUUUCUAACACGUCCUCCGAAAGCAUCAGGAGCCGAAGUGUCUAUGAGCGUCGCCUUGCAAAAAUUAUCCAACAAAGUUCGGCAGAAUAUCGGCAGAGUCUAUCGAGAGCCAAUCACCGGAAUCGAGCUACAUGUCGUUUCGAACCGGGACCGUAUAUCUCAGCAGCUAUUUGAUUUGUGGUUCGAACAUGUUCCUACAGAAAAUCGCGUGCGGCGCUUCGACCGUGAAAUUCGUUCGUACGCCCUCAACGAUCGUUCGGGGAUUGACUGGGCGUCUACCGAGAAACCACAACCUCAGUACCUCAAAGAUCUAUUCCAGGACAAGUUGCCGGCGAAUGAGUUCACGCGUCGGCUGUCGGAUACGACGGCGCAGCAGUGGAAGGAUAUCGUCCAGUUCGCUCUAAUGUAUCACGCCCAGGAAGAGGUGUUCUGGACCUUUUCCUUCGUCAUUUCCCAGCCACUACCCCUUCAACGCGAAAGCGUGAUGAAUUUGAUGGAACUGCAUCCACCAUUGGUAUUUAGCCUGCUAAAGAAAUACCCCCCAGAUGAGACCGACCUCGUAUUGCCGCCAGAGACAGAGGCUUUGGGACGGUCCAUGCUUCACAACAUCAUCCGAUGCGCUAACGAACUAAGCCUGGCGACCCUAGUUGCCCUGGAAAAGCUCUCAGGAAGCAUCGCGCGUUUACCGCCCGACGUCUAUUUUGAUCUCUUGUGGCAAACGGCCCUAUCCGUCCGCGCACCUCAGGUCGUCCAGGAAGUCUUAUUCGUCCUCAACGAUAGUCGCGCGACUCUGCCCGACAUCUCCCCAGAACAGAAGUACGGAAACAAAUUCGCCUUGGGCAUCGCUUUUGACAGAGCCGAAGAAGCUGCAGACGAAUGCCCCUGUAACGAGGACGGACGACCGAGAAGACAGCGGACGGCCCCCGUUAAGACGACGAUGCAGCAGGACCCAGAGAAUCCGCUCCAGGUCAAAGUACCGGUUCGGAUAGACUCUCGGACCCCUAUUCGCCUUCACUCGCAUGUCCGAUUCCAAGCUGCUUCUGAGGCGGAGAAGACGGCUAUGGUCGAGGUACCGGUUCUCGAUGGUGUGGUUGUGCAGUCGAUGAAAGGAGAAAUGAAGAUUGAGCUGCAGCAUCCUCCUCCACCGGAAAUGGAGCGGAUGGAUUGGAAUAUGUAUAAUGCGGGCAGCAUCGCGACUUCGAAGGCAAUGAUGGAUGCUCUUAUACGGUUACUUGUGGAGAAAGAGGAAUGUUGUCGAUAUCAUCAUCUCAUUACAGGAGAAACUGGCGGAGACGAGUUUCCUACGAUUAACGGCGCCGGUGGCUCUGAAGACUUCUCAUAUGGUACAGAUCUGAAUGAGAGCCAGAUUGAGGCUAUCAAGUCAUGCGAGGCACCCUUAUCUCUGAUUUGGGGACCUCCAGGUGAAUAUUACGGCACUUAUCAGUGA